AUGGCGGCAAUCCCGGACCCAAUUGACGAUGCUCACCAUGCUGUGCUGUGCACCGACGGCAGCAAUGUUUCUGAUCAAGGUUCGAAUUACUGGAAAAGUUACAUGGACAACCAACUGUCCAUCUCGACCUUGGCUGGAGACCUUGCAACAAUGGCCCGCCUCCGCUGUGCUAGUUGGCGUGUGCCUCCCAACUGGUCCUUCAAAGGACCCUUCAAAACGCCAGCGCCUUCUAAAGAUCCGUCAGUACCAGAGCCCGGUCGUCCUACAGCGCCGCUUCUGUUUUUAUCCAGCAAAUGGGAUCCAGUAACACCCCUGCGAAACGUGUACUCCAUGGCGAGUCGGCAUAUCCUAGUCGAAAACUCGAUGGGCCACACUUUGGCCGGAGGAGGCAAGGUGAACGAAUGUGCGAAAAGGGUGGUGUCGGAGUAUUUUGACAAGGGCGUUGUACCGAAGAAGGAGGUCAUGUGCGAAGGUGUCAAAUCUCCGUGGGACGGCAAGCCCCUGCGGAAUGCGGCUGUACAGGAAUCGAUUCGGAGGAGAACCAAAUAUAACCUUCUCGGUGUAUAA